GCUUUAGCUAUACUUUUUAUUUCACAUUAUUAUAUUUUAAAAUGAGUACCUUUGGAAAGCUUUUCCGUGUUACAACAUACGGUGAAUCCCACUGCAAGGGAGUUGGUGCUAUUGUUGAUGGUGUUCCUCCAGGUAUGGAGCUCACAGAGGCUGAUAUUCAGCCCCAGCUCUCCCGCAGACGACCUGGUCAAAGCAAACUUACCACACCUCGUGAUGAGAAAGAUAAGGUUACAAUUAUGUCUGGUACCGAAUUUGGUGUAUCUCUUGGCACACCCAUCGGUAUUCAGGUUCCCAAUCUCGAUCAGCGCCCUCACGAUUACAGCGAAACUGAUGUUUUCCCCCGCCCUUCCCAUGCCGAUUACACCUACCUGAAGAAGUACGGUCUCAAGGCAUCCUCAGGUGGUGGACGCGCUUCAGCACGCGAGACAAUUGGCCGUGUAGCUGCCGGUGCCAUUGCUGAAAAGUACCUUCGUCUCGCUCAUGGUGUUGAGAUUGUUGCCUUUACCUCCAGUGUUGGAAAAGUCAACAUGCCUUUUAUUAAUGAUCUCCACGAGAAUGACGAUGUCAAGCCAGAGUUUUAUGAGUUCUUGAACACAAUCAGCCGUGAGCAGGUUGAUCAGGACAUCACUCGUUGCCCUCACCCCAAGACAGCCGAGGACAUCAAGGAACUCAUCACUCGCAAAGCAGAAGAGCAUGAUUCGAUUGGUGGUACUGUCACUUGUGUGAUUCGCAACUGCCCAAUUGGCCUUGGCGAACCUUGCUUUGACAAGUUGGAGGCGUUGUUGGCACAUGCCAUGCUGUCUAUCCCUGCCACUAAAGGAUUCGAGUUUGGGUCUGGAUUCAGUGGAACUACCAUGUCCGGAUUCCAGCACAACGAUGCCUUUAUCACCAAGGCUGACGGCAGACUUGGAACAGCCACCAACCACUCUGGUGGUGUUCAGGGUGGUAUCUCCAACGGCGAGAACAUCUACUUUAGAGUUGCUUUUAAGCCUGCUGCCACCAUUUCCCGCGACCAACAGACCACCUCAUACGACGGUGUGUCUGGAACUCUUUCUACUCGUGGAAGACAUGAUCCCUCUGUGGUUCCUAGAGCUGUUCCUAUUGUCGAGGCUAUGGCUGCGCUUGUAAUUAUAGACGCUUGCCUCCAGCAAGAUGCACGUGAAGCAAGCAUGUCCCGUCUUCCUGCUAUCAACAUUCACCAUUCUCUCCAGGGAAAAGCCCCUAAGAAAUAAGCUUUUAUUUCAUCUUUGUUUGUAAUCCAAGAUCAAUUUCUCAUUAGACGCCAUUUUAUUCAUUCUUUUUGCAUAUAAAAAAGGAUAGUGCCUGUGUAUGAUAAUUUGCAAGAUCCCUUUUGAUGAAAUAUAAGGAGGUGUUGGAAGUGGGGAGGUUAGUUAGUUUGUAACAAUAGUAAUAAAAAGAAUAAUAGUAAUAAUAGUAAUAAUAAUAAUAAUAAAAGGCUUAGGAAAGGAAAGGUAAAGAAAACUGCAACUGUAACUGUUAAACUCAAGUAAUAAUAAUAAUAAUAAUAAUAAUAAUAAUAAUAA